AUGUCGGCACCAUCGCAAAUCAGCAUCUUCCCUGCAACCUCAGCGAGCGCUGUCCGCCUCGCUGAGCUCUUGCAGCAGCAACAUCCUGGCAUUCGAGUCCGACUCGCUGCUCGCUCUCCCGCAAAGCUUCGUGCCGGCAGUAGCAACGUCACCGUCUCUCAGACUCCUCUGGAUAUUGCCAAUGUUGACUCCGUCAAGCAAGCCUUGGAUGGCAGUCAGGCGGCCUACAUCAUGAACCCUCCCUUUUACGGCGAGAAGGACCCCUUCUCCCUCUCUCAGACCUGGGUCGAUUCGAUCACCGAGGCUGCUAAUUCUAGCUCUACCCUGACGAAGAUUGUCUACCUCUCUUCGGUCGGAGGCGAGAAGAGCAGCGGUACUGGACCCAUCCGCAACGUGCAUAUCGCAGAAAACGGCUUCCUGGCUAAGCUGCGCGAUGGCAUCGAGCUCUACGCUCUUCGACCUCCGUACUUCCUCUCCAACUUCAAAUCCGUCCUCCCACUCGCACUUAACCCUCCUCAUAUUCUCCCGUCCAUGAUGAUCCCAUUCGACAGAUCGUACCAGAUGACCGACUCAAACGCCAUCGCUAUCACUGCACUCAAGUACCUCAUCGCCCCGCCUUCCUCUUCAGCCAAUGUCGCGAAGAAGGGUCACAUCACGGCGGUCCAGCUCGUGACGGAGAAGAAGACCGUUCCGGAGAUCGCCGGCUACAUCUCUGAGAUCACAGGCACGAAAGUCAAUGCUGUGCCCGUCCCUCAAGAAGCGUGGCUCGACACAUUCAAGAAGGCAGGCAUGUUCGACGAGCAGGCUCAAUUGUUUGUCGAAAUGGCUACCGGUCAGUUCACCGGUUACAUUGAUUCCAUCCACGACGAAGCUGCUCUCGCCCAUGAAAAGGCACGUGGUGUCGCAGUCAUCGACGAACACCCCGCAGUUGACUAUAAGGCCGCGCUCAAGAGUCUCAUCGAGGCCGCUUCGGCCUGA